CAGCAGGCAUUCCAGUGGCUAAUUCUCCUGGAACAGGCCCAAAUCUGCCGUCGUUCUCUACACUGCCACUCGGGUAAACCUGUCACAGAAGAUAAAUUCUGAGAAUCCACAGAGAGCAACAAUGAGAUAUUUUUAUACAAUAUUGAUUUCUUCCCUUUUAGUGCUAUGUUGUAUGCAUAUUAGUAAAUCUGAGGUCAUUACGCUCACGGCCGAGACCUUCAAUGAUAAGAUAAGUGAGAAGCACACUGCUUGGUUUGUGAAAUUCUGUGUACCUUGGUGUAAGCAUUGUAAAAACUUGGGAACAUUAUGGGAAGAUUUAGGAAAGGCAAUAGAAGGAGAGGACACGAUAGAGAUUGGAGAGGUUGAUUGUGGCACAACUAAAUCAGUUUGUCAAAAGGUUGAUAUCCAUUCUUAUCCAACAUUCAAGCUCUUUUACAAUGGAGAAGAGGCUGCUAAAUAUCAAGGGCCAAGAGAUGUGGAGUCACUGAAAUUGUUUGCAUUAGAAGAAACAGAAAAGGCGGAAAGAAAAGCUGAAAGUGAUGAGGACAAAGAAUUAUAAUUUGUUAUUCAAAUUUGCAUCAUUUGCUGGAAACGUGUAGAGCCGUAGACACAAAAACACGGAAUGUGAAUUUUCCUGCCUGACAUCAAGAGUGGUAUUUAGAUCGGACAAUGGUUGUAAUUUAGUUUUUUCCUUUUCUUUUCCUGGCCCUUUAUCCUGGAUACCUAUCAUUACGCUUGUUCUUCUCGUGGAAACAGUAGAAAUCACGUUUUAUUAAAUGAAACAGUUUCAUUUCCAUUAUUAUUCCCGUAUCUCAAUUAGUUCUAAAUUUGAACAUGGGAAGGUUCAGAUCUACAUGCAAAGAUGUUUAACUGGGUAAUGGUAAUGGUUAACAAAACACUCUUGAAUCUCAAUAGCCCAAGCGAUUUAC